UCUAGUUAUGUUCGUUGUAUUUCACUCAACAUUAGCUGUCUCCCCCAGCAAGUGGACAGCCAAGGUGGUGUUGACCUAUAGUAUUAUUAUAGUAUUUAGUGUGUUUUAUAUGAUAUCAUCUUGAAGAAAGGAAAGUUUUCCCCAAAUAACUGGAAAAUGAAUUACUUGUUGCGUCAGUUGAGUGCCGUCAGGCCUCAGGCCCUCCAGCCCCGGCUCCCUAGAACAAACUUACUAACUUGUCCUGGUGCUACACUAUGUCCUGUCAGGGGUUAUAAGUCUCUGAGAGGUGUAUACGGAUAUAAACCAGUUGAACCAAACCCCUUUUCAUUACCAGAGGUUGUCAUUCAGCAGAGAGCAGAAGAGAGCAAUGUUUUCCGUUUCAUCAGUGCUUAUCGAGAGUUUGGGCAUCUCAAAGCUAAUAUUAACCCAUUGGCACCAAAUACAAGACUGGUGCCAGAAUUAGAACCCCAGAAGUAUGGCCUCACCUCAGACAAAACAUAUACUAUUAAAGGUCUCGUGGCUGGAUGUGAGGAGACCUGUACACUAGAGCUGCUACAAGACAUCUUAAAUCAAAAGUAUUGUGGACAUAUUGGUGCUGAAUUUUCAUAUUUGCCAACGGAGGAAGAGAGAGAGUGGUUUGCAACGGCUCUUGAAACUACAUCCAAAGAAGCUUUGACCACAGAAGAACGCAUCAAGCUUGCCAGAGAUAUGUUAAGAUCACAAACUUUCGACAAUUUCUUGGCCACCAAAUUUCAGAGUGUGAAGAGAUAUGGAGGAGAGGGAGCUGAGAGUAUGGUUGGCUUCUUUACUGAGGCAUUUAAAAACAUUGCACAGGAUGGGGUGGAACAAGCAAUGAUAGCCAUAGCUCAUCGUGGCAGGCUUAACCUCCUGACAGGCAUUCUCCAGUAUCCACCAGUUGUCAUGUUCCAGAAGAUGAAAGGCUUGCCAGAAUUUCCCCCAGAGGUCAAGUUCACAGGGGAUGUUCUUUCACAUUUAGUCAAUUCAGUAGACUUAGAGAUGGGGGAACACACUUUGCACGUCACAAUGCUACCAAACCCAUCCCAUCUAGAGGCAGUGAACCCUGUGGGCUGUGGAAAAACACGUGCACGGCAAAGAAGUUUAGGUGAUGGUUGCUUUUCUUCUGAAGCCUCAGCACGGCAGAGUGAUAAAGUUGUUUGCAUCCAGGUCCAUGGAGAUGCUGCAUUGGGAGGACAAGGUAUAAUGCAGGAGACACUAGCACUCUCAGAAGCACCUCAUUUUACCAUUGGGGGAGCCUUGCAUAUAUCCAUCAAUAACCAGGUUGGUUACACAACUCCUGGAGAGCGGACUCGAUCAUCAACUUAUUGUACAGACAUUGCCAAAAUGUGCAGCAUGCCUGUCAUACAUGUGAAUGGAGAUGACCCAGAGGCUGUCGUAAAAGCUGCUCGUUUAGCAGUUCAGUACCAGAGGAAAUUCCGCCGUGAUGUGUUUAUUGACUUAGUUUGUUGGCGGCGUUGGGGACACAAUGAGUUGGAUAACCCUCGAUUUACGAAUCCUUCAAUGUAUGCAAACAUUGAUUCUCGCAGGAGUGUGCCUGAUACAUAUGCUGAUGCUCUGGUGUCAGAAGGUGUGUUAACUCAAGGAGACGUUACAAAAUUUGUGAACGAUCACAUGUCUUUCCUAGCUGAGCAAUAUAAAUUGGCGGAUUCUUAUGUUCCAAAGGCUCCUCAUUUUAAGAAGCAGUGGUCAGGGCUUGUGCAGGCACCAGGAUCCAUUGAGGUCUGGGAUACUGGAAUAGAUGCUGCUUCUCUCAAGUAUUUAGGGGCAAAGUCUGUCCAUGUACCCGAGGGAUUUAAUAUGCACAAGCAUCUCAAGAAAACUCACAUUGACACGCGUCUUCAGAAGCUCACUGAUGGCCGUGGCAUGGAUUGGGCAACUGGUGAAGCACUAGCCAUGGCUUCAUUGUUGCAUCAAGGUUUCAACAUUCGGUUCUGUGGCCAAGAUGUGGGUCGGGGGACGUUCUCACAGCGACAUUGCAUGUUCGUUGACCAAGUCAGUGAUGAGAUGUAUAUACCGCUGAACCACAUGAGUGAAACACAAACCAAUCAUCUGGAGGUUGUCAACAGCAUCCUCUCAGAAGAAGCUGUACUGGGAUUUGAAUAUGGAUUUUCAGUGGAGAGUCCAAAUACACUCUGCAUUUGGGAGGCACAAUUUGGGGACUUCUUCAAUGGUGCCCAAAUUAUUAUUGAUACCUUUUUGUCAUCUGGAGAGAGAAAAUGGCUGACACAGAGUGGCUUAGUAAUGGUCCUACCACAUGGGUAUGAUGGUGCAGGACCAGAACAUUCUUCAUGUCAUAUAGAACGCUUUUUGCAAAAUUGUGACUCAAGUGAGACGUCCCCAGAUGGAGAAGAUGUCAACUGGGGGAUAGUAAACCCUACAACUCCUGCACAGUACUUCCAUUUACUUAGAAGACAGGUUAUGAGGAACUACCGCAAACCCCUUAUCAUUGCUGGUCCCAAGAUGAUUCUUCGUCUGCCAGCUGCAACUUCCAGUCUAGAAGAUAUGGCUCCUGGAACACACUUCCUCCCUGUUCUUGGGGACAAAAGUGUGAGUCCAGACAGUGUGAGGAAAGUGAUUUUUGUGAGUGGGAAACACUACUAUGCUCUUGUGAGUGAAAGAGAAGCUCGAGGUAUCUCAGACACUGCAAUUAUCCGACUUGAGAGUCUUUGUCCAUUCCCAACGAAAGAGAUUAAUGAUGAAUUAAUCAAGUACAAGAAAGCCAAGACAUUAGUUUGGUCUCAAGAGGAGCAUCGUAACAUGGGAGCUUGGACCUUUGUUCAUCCACGAUUUGAAAACUUGUGUUCAACGAAGCUGCUGUAUGCUGGGCGGGAUGUAUCGGGCGUAGCAGCUGUUGGUGUCGGACAGCUACACAAGCAAGAAAUUCAGGCAAUUAUGGACAAAACUUUUAACCAUUGACCAAACUGUAUAUAGUUAAAAAAAAAUGUAAAUCUGCCUCUGAAAUUGUACAAAAUGUAGAGGUUGUAAAAAUCUUAAAUUGUUUUAUGAAAUUCCAGGUGAAGGAAUUAGUAUUGAUGAAUUUUAUGCAUCAUGUAGUAUUGUACUGUAGUAGUUUUACCAAAUGUAAGGGUAAAUUAAAAGAGAGAUAGAGAGAAUUAAAAAUAUAUAUAUAUAUAACUAUUUCAUGUAGAUCCACAAUGAAAACGUGGAUAAGAUAAAUCUUGAUA